GCAGUCCAGAUGGCCUCCCUGGGGACUGUCAAGCCCCGCCUUCGCUCCCACCCCCAUGGAGCCGGCCGCGCGGCGGGGAGGGGCAGCAGCGGCGGUUCCUCAGUGUCGUCCCGCCUGCGCCCCUCCCCUGUAAUUCCUAACGCCCAUAGCACCCCUCCUAGUGGGAGCAGUCGAUGCUUCCCUCUGCGGACCGGCUUCCCCGAGUGGGGCUGUGGGGCUGCGGGCCGGUUUGUGGGGAAGCAGGUGUGGGCAGGGGCCGCGGUGACGCUGGAGGGGAUGGGGACAUUAUAGUUUAUGAACCUGCGGGCAACGCCGCCACUCACGCCCGGCUCCUGUCCAGCCGCCGCUGUAACACCAGAGGGAAAUGAGGUUUGCGAGCUCAGCACGCGCGGCAGCGCAAUGGGCUGCCUUUGGCCUUGGGGAAAAGCAUGACUUUGAAAAAUUGAGUCUCUUCUCUUUUCAAGCGCCGUUCCUUGUCCAGGUAGCUUUCAGCAGUCAUGGGUGGUGGUUUGGAUGGCUGUGGUGGAGGGCAGCGACAUCAGCGGGAGAUGAUGGGCACAGGGUCUGUGGCACUCUGGCACACUCUACCUGCCCAGGCGCCUGAGCCCUCCACCCACCUCUUCCUUCUUGGAUCCUGUUGCCCAGUGCAGCUUAUCCCUACCAUUUCCAAUCUUGCUCAGACCACCCCCUGACAGUGUCCUCCCACCAGGGCCCACUCUCCCAGAGUUAAUCUUCCCCAGCAGGCCUGACUAGCAGGCUUAGCCCCUGCCCCCAAACUGCUGUGAUGCUCCAUUGCCUCCAAACUAAGUCCCAACACCUCAGCUGCCCAUGGCAGCCCCUGCCUGUUCACCAGUCCCUGUCCUCCCUCCCCUCCCAGCCCAGAUAGGGGACAGGAGGUGCAGUAGUCCCUCCCCCAGGUGCUGUCCCUACCAGACAGUGUGAUGCAGUAGCAGAGUGUGGCGGUGCCCAGCUGAGUGACUGUCAAGGCAGGCAAUGGCAUCCCCCAUGAGGUGGGGCUUGGCCAGUAGCAGAGGGUGUCACUGUUUGUGGGACAGACUGUCAGAACCAGAGAGGUUUCAGAGACCCUAGUGAGAAAACAGUCCUUGAGGAGCAGACAACUUUCCCCACACUACCCUCCACCUGCCUCCUAACCCUUUCCUGCUGAGGACCCUGCAGGACUGAGCAGCCCACUGGGAGGAGCCAGACCCUUUGGGGAGCCCCCAUGAGAAACUUUGUGUGGGGCCCCCAGCACACAGUGUGGAGAUUCUGUUUUCUGGACCUCUAAGUGUACACAGGACAGGACUCAACCCAUUCCCCAGUCCCUAUAGCAUUGUCACAGAUCAUUAAUUCUGGGUUGAGAUCUCUCCUAUUCCCAGGAAGCCUCACCGGCCUCCCUGACCCUGGCUAGACAGCCUGCAGAGGGUUGGAAACCAGCUCCAAGGACACCUUGGGGACUCCCUCAUUACCUCCCCCGCCCCAGAUGUGCACCCUGUGAAACCACUGCUCUGGGAGCUCUGGGCUAUUUGCAUACCUAAUGCCAGUCUAGGAGUGACCCUCUCUUCAUGUAUGCUACCCUCUCUGGUGGUCUCAGAAUGUGCACAGCCCACAGCCACUGGCCGGGUGGGUCUGCCUUUGGAAGAAGGAACUGAAGUCCAGAGGGCCCUGGCCAGCCAGGUUCUAGCUUUUUCCACCAACACCCUGUUUGCAGACUGAGGCGGGCAGACUCAGCCCUGCCCUGCUGUGACAAGGAGGGCACCAAACUGGUCCUGGUGCUCCCCUGGCCCACCUUCUUGGGAGCCAUUUCCUUUGGUGCCCUUAGUUGUCCCAGACCAAGCCCAGCAAGUUCCCAGCGAUUCCUGUCCUGCUCCUAAGGCUCUGGACAGUGUCAUCUCUCUGUGGCCCCCAGGCCAGCUGUUUGUGGCUGGUGAGGGGCCAGCCUAGCCAAAGAGGUGGGCCAGAGGGUGAGGAGAGCUGGCACUGCCAAGGGGGCUCCCCUACUCAUGAGGACCCCUGAGGAAAGGCAAAGCUGGGUGGGCAUCAGGCAGUUGGGAGCACAGCUGAAGGCCUGGGUUGGGGGGCCUUUGGAGGGUCUCACAGGGUCAUGCUGUGUGCCCCAGGCUGCCCAGAGGAGAACGCUGUCCCACCCAGAGACAUAGGCCAUGCGGGGCUCCUGGGAGCUGCUUCUGGUAUGGCUUCUGGUGCUAGCAGUGGGUGGCACCGAUCACGUCUACCGACCAGGCCGCAGGGUGUGUGCUAUUAGGACUCCCCAGGGCCCUGUCUCUGAGUCCUUCGUGCAGCGUGUAUACCAGCCCUUCCUCACUACCUGUGACGGGUACCGUGCCUGCAGCACCUACCGAACCAUCUACAGGACCGCCUACCGCCACAGUCCAGGGCUGGCCCCCGCCAGGCCACGCUAUGCCUGCUGCCCCGGCUGGAAGAGGACCAGGGGGCUCCCAGGGGCCUGCGGAGCAGCAGUAUGCCAGCCACCAUGCCAGAAUGGAGGGAGCUGUGUCCAGCCAGGCCGCUGUCGCUGCCCUGCAGGAUGGCAGGGUGACACCUGCCAGUCAGAUGUGGACGAAUGCAGUACUGGAGGGGACAGCUGCCCCCAGCACUGUGUCAACACGGAGGGCAGCUACCGGUGCCAGGGCUGGGAGGGGCACAGCCCAGCUGCUGAUGGUACGCUCUGCCUACCCAAGGGAGGGCCCCCCAGGGAGGCCCCAAACCUGACAGGAGUGGACAGUGCAGUGAAGGAGGAAAUGCAGCGGCUGCAGUCAAGGGUGGACGUACUGGAGGAGAGGCUGCAAUUGCUCCUGGCACCACUGCACAGCCUGGCCUUGCAGGCGCUGGCACUUGGGCUCCCGGAUCCAGAAAGCCUCCUGGCGCACUCUCUCCAGCAGCUGGGCCGCAUUGACUCUCUGAGCGAGCAGAUCUCCUUUCUUGAGGAGCAGCUGGGGUCCUGCUCCUGCAAGGAGGGGUCAUGACUGGCCUGGCCAAGGCCUGUCUCCUGAUCCAGGCUGGAUGGGGUUGCCUGCCCUGGCAGUGACAGAAGAAAGCUGGGAAGGGCCCUCUCCUCUACCCUCACUCAGGAGGCCUCCUGCCAACUGGGGUACAGGGUGGGGCUAGAGGGUCUUCUGUGCAAAUCCACCCUGGCAACCCCAGUAUCCCAGGGUCCUGGGUGGCAGAGAGAAGGUACGAGGCUCCCUGCACAGAGCCAGGGACUGCUGGCAGUCACUGGGUAGCCUAUCUGGAGGCAGGGGUGGGGGGUCAGGUGGGGCCUCUGCCCUGGUUUUAUCAGAAUAAAAGUGAGGCUUGA